GAGCAAAAAUCAGAAUUAGUCCAACGGAAUCCCGGAAAGUAGCGAGUGUGAGACACAGCGGUGCCGUUGUGCAAAAUCAUAACGAGCGCUGAUUAACCUCUCAAGACGUGGUUCCGUAUUGUUUUAUUCACGCACUCAAGGGUGUUGCGGCUAAUCGUCCGUAGGAUUCGGUCGACUGCCAGGCAGGAUGGUGAAGGCACAGCAACUUUUAAUUAUCAAACCGGAACACGAACUACGGUUCAUGGGUCCAUUCACAGGGGAAGCGGUCACAUCAUAUAUGACAAUAACUAAUCCAACGAAUAACAAAAUUUUCUUUAAAAUAAAAACAACUGCUCCAAAGAGGUAUUGUGUACGUCCAAAUGCUGGAUGUGUACUACCAAAAGCAACUUCUCAAAUAGCUGUUACUCUACAAUCAUUUGAUUUUGAUCCAACGGAAAAGAAUAAACAUAAAUUUAUGGUACAAGCUAUAAUAGCUCCAAAUGAUGAUGAUGAAGAUUAUUCUGAUCUGUGGAAAGAUCUAAAGCCAGAACAAGUUAUGGAAUCAAAGUUAAAAUGUGUAUUUAAGGAUCCUGAACCCAAGGCUGAUGUGCCUGAAGUAAAUCUUCUUAGAUUAACAGAGGAAAAAUUAUUCAAAGCAGCAGAACAAUUUAGUCAGCUUAGGGCAGAGGAGAGUAUUCUUAGGCAGGAAAAUCUGCAGUUGAGGGAGGAUUUAUUGAAAUUACAAAACACGGCAAUGGGUAAUGACGCUCCCUUAGCAGCAGCCAGAGAUUUGACUUCACAAAGCAGUAACCAAUUGCCUCGAAAUGCUACCAAUAUCAUUGUUGCCAUGGCCAUGGUCAUAGUAGGAUACUUGUUGGGAAAACUGAUCUGAGCAGCCAUUACAGUACCGCAUUACCUGGCACAUUCCCUCUUCCCCUGUGUUUCUUAGCCUGCCCCCCUGCUACCAUUUACCACUUACUGAUCGGAAAGAUCGAAAUCAGUCAUCGUAUUACACGGUUGUUCAUAAUAAAUACUAUAAACAUGAACAGGUAGUGGUUUAUAAUAAUAGAAUUAAACUCGCUGCAGGAGUGUGCUUAUAUUUUGGUAAAGCGAUUGAACUUCUAAAUCCUUUUUUAAGAAAUCAAAUCGUAUUUGUCGUAGUAUAGACGCAGAAAUUAACGAUAAAUUUUGUUGUCAUUGAGUGUCGGAAGAUAUUAAUGGUUUUAGUAUUACAUCACGAACUAAAACGAAAUAUUAUACCAUCCGAGUGUAUCAUUUCUUUCGUUUCUAGAUUUCUUAUAAAAGGAUUUUCGCUUUACAAAUUUGCUUGCGGCUGUGUCUUUGAAACCAUGUUGCCACUAAGUGAAUUAUGUAUGAAAUUACGAAAUUUAUUAAAUAUAAAUCUUUCAAACAAACAUACUCAGUUACAGAGAAAAUGAAUUCAGUUAUCUUGGGAAGUCUGUAUCUUUGUAUAAAAACAAAAAUGAAAGAAAAAGAGAAACAAAAUGAAUUUUUUUUUUUCGACAUUCUAAAACGUACUUAACAAUCACACGAUGUAAGAUUGUACAUAAUGUAUCCAGUUUAGGAUAAUGUAUUAAUGUCUAACGUAUAGUCAAGAGGGGGAGGGGGGCUGGCUGAUUAUAAUAGUAGUGGUUCGAGACUCAGAAAUUGGAUACGCUGGUUCUAUCCAUCAGCAAUGGUAUAUCAUAUAAGGAAUUUAAUGCAUUAAAUUUUUUGACGCUUCAGUGUAUUUUUAUUUCUUUAUGUUUGUCUUAUAAAAAUUCGAAAUAAAGAUAUCUCGGAUGUCA